UCUCCUUAUCUUCCCCGGCCAUCUCCUAAUUCAAUUCAUUUCCAGCAAACACAAAAUCUUUUUUUUUUUUUUUUUUUAAAAAAGAAAUUAUUUCUUUCAAUCUCUCCAAGCUCUGCAACAAUGGCGUCCGCCACUUUGAGCACUUCAACAACAACACGUCUUAAACCCAUCAUGAGGGCAGAAUCAUUACCAACUCUGAUUCCAAACAGACCCUUUAAUCCGAAUGUGAUUAGUUUCGCAUUUUUUAAACGCGCUGCCGGGCGAGGAGUGGCGGGAGCGACAGUGAGGGCGACGUGGAGGACAGCAGAGCAAGGCGGUGCAGUAGCAGAGGACGAGGAGGAGAUGGGCAAGAUCCGGCGGCUGCAAAAUGGGUCGGACGUGAGAGGGGUGGCGCUGGAGGGAGAGAAGGGAAGGACGGUGGAUCUAACAGCAGCGACAGUGGAGGCCAUUGCCGAGAGCUUUGGGGAUUGGAUCAUUCAGGGGUUAGAGAAGGAAACAGAGCCGCGAGGGGAGCAGCGUGUGAGUGUUUCGGUGGGCAGAGACCCGAGGAUUUCCGGCAGUGCUUUGAGUGUCGCAGUGUUCGCGGGAGUUAGUCGUGCGGGGUGUUUGGUGUUCGACAUGGGUCUUGCCACCACGCCUGCGUGCUUCAUGAGCACCGUGUUGCCUCCUUUUUCUUAUGAUGCUUCCAUUAUGUUGACAGCAUCUCACUUACCAUAUACACGAAAUGGGAUGAAGUUUUUCACGAAGAAAGGAGGGUUAAGCUCGCCGGAGGUGGAGGAGAUAUGUGAGAGAGCCGCCCUGAAGUACGCCAAUAGAGUGGUCAAAGUCUCCACCCUUCUCCGAACGCCGCCGUCCAGGGUGGAUUUCAUGGCGGCUUAUUCCCGACAUCUCAAAGAUAUCAUUAAGCAACGAAUCAACCAUCCAACUCAUUACGAUACUCCUCUUAAAGGAUAUCAGAUAAUAGUGAAUGCUGGCAAUGGAUCGGGGGGCUUCUUUACGUGGGAUGUCUUGGACAAGCUUGGCGCGGACACCUUUGGCUCUCUCCAUCUCAACCCGGAUGGCAUGUUCCCCAACCAUAUCCCCAAUCCAGAGGACAAAGUUGCCAUGUCACUCACUCGAGCCGCUGUACUCAAACACGGAGCCGACCUUGGAGUCGUCUUUGACACCGACGUUGAUCGUAGUGGCGUUGUCGACCGUGACGGUAACCCGAUCAACGGCGACAAACUCAUUGCUCUAAUGUCGGCCAUUGUUCUCCGAGAGCACCCUGGGAGUUGUAUUGUUACAGACGCUCGCACAAGCGUCGCACUCACCAAGUUCAUCACGGACCGAGGUGGGCAGCAUUGCUUGUACCGCGUCGGGUAUCGUAAUGUGAUUGACAAAGGAAUUCAGCUGAAUGAGGAUGGGGUGGAGACGCAUUUGAUGAUGGAGACGUCGGGGCAUGGGGCGUUUAAGGAGAAUUAUUUUUUGGAUGAUGGGGCUUAUAUGGUGGUGAAGAUCAUCAUUGAAAUGGUGAGAAUGAAGCUGGAGGGAUCGGAUGAAGGGAUCGGGAGCCUUGUAAAAGAUCUUGAAGAGCCAUUAGAGUCCGUGGAAUUGAGAUUGAAUGUAAUCUCAGAGCCAAGAUUUGCCAAAGCGAAGGCUGUGGAGACCAUCGAGACAUUCAGAAACUUUGUCCAGGAAGGGAAGCUGGAGGGAUGGGAACUGGACUCAUGCGGUGAUUGUUGGGUCAGUGAGGGCUGCUUGGUGGACUUGAAUGAUCAUCCCAAGCCCAUUGAUGCGCAGAUGUACAGGGUUAAAGUGUUUGACAAGGAAAGAAGGGAGGUUGGGUGGGUGCAUUUAAGGCAGAGUAUCCACAAUCCAAACCUUGCUUUGAACAUGCAAUCAUCUGUGCCUGGAGGCUGCCUUCAAAUCACUACAGACUUCAGAGAUAAAUUUUUGGUGGCCAGCGGCUGUGAUCGUUUCCUCGACGUUGGAGAAGUGGAGAAGUUCGCAAACACUGGAAUUUGAGGAUUAUCACCUUAUGACGUGUAAACAUUAUAGUGUUCAUAAUUUUUUAUUACAAAUGAAAUUUAAAGAUA